ACAUUGCGGUCUUUGACCCCUGUAUCCGACGUACACGGUCCAGAGCACUUCCGCUUCCGACUGCUGGUUGUUUUGAGGCGUGAAAGAGAGAAAAAGGAGCAUUUCAACUACACAGUUAACUACGAUUUAACACCAUGGCUGUAGAGGGUUGUGAGCUGCAGUGAGUGUCCUCUACUCCAGCACCUCCAGAGCACCAGCAGCAGCCUGCCACCCAUCCAGACAUCUCAACCUCCCCCCGUCCCUCAGCCAGACCCCCCCCAGCGGGGUGACAACCCACCAGCAUGGAGGCCUCCUUCGGCCCCACCUUCUCAGCCGUGGUUCCUGGAGCUAAAACGGAAGCCUCCGGUACCUACAAGCAGCACCGCCGUACCCCCUCCUCCUCCAGUACCCUCACAUACUCGCCACGAGAUGACGAGGAUGGCAUGCUCCCCAUCAGCACCCCGAGGCGUUCUGACUCUGCCAUCUCGGUGCGUUCCCUCCUCUCUGAGUCCAACAUGCUCCCCAUCAGCACCCCGAGGCGUUCUGACUCUGCCAUCUCGCUCCCCAUCAGCACCCCGAGGCGUUCUGACUCUGCCAUCUCGCUCCCCAUCAGCACCCCGAGGCGUUCUGACUCUGCCAUCUCGCUCCCCAUCAGCACCCCGAGGCGUUCUGACUCUGCCAUCUCGCUCCCCAUCAGCACCCCGAGGCGUUCUGACUCUGCCAUCUCGCUCCCCAUCAGCACCCCGAGGCGUUCUGACUCUGCCAUCUCGGUGCGUUCCCUCCUCUCUGACUCCCCAUCAGCACCCCGGCGUUCUGACUCUGCCAUCUCGGUGCGUUCCCUCCUCUCUGAGUCCAACAUGUCUCUCCGCUCGACCUUCUCUCUUCACGAGGACGACGACGACACGGAGCCCCUGGUGUUUGCAGAGCAGCCGUCGGUGAAGCUGUGUUGUCAGCUCUGCUGCAGUGUCUUCAAAGACCCUGUCAUCACCACCUGUGGGCACACCUUCUGCAGGCGAUGUGCCUUGACCUCCGAUAAGUGUCCGGUGGACACGGCUAAGUUGACGGUGGUGGUGAACAACAUAGCCGUAGCAGAACAGAUAGGAGAGCUGUUUAUCCACUGUAAAUACGGCUGCCGGCUCUUAAACACCAGCCCCACUUCCCCUAACGGGGCCGGAGGAGGGGCUUCCCCUAACGGGGCCGGAGGAGGCACUGCUGCUAGUCGGGGUGAAGGGACACCUAAGAUGGGAGGACCUGGGAACUUUGAGGUUGAUCCAAUGGGCUGUCCUUUUACCAUCAAGCUCACCACACGCAAGGAGCACGAGGUGAGCUGUGACUACCGUCCAGUGCGCUGUCCCAACAACCCCUCCUGCCCUCCUCUCCUCACCAUGAACCUGGAGGGACACCUAAAGGAAUGCGAACACAUCAAAUGCCCUCACUCCAAAUAUGGAUGUGCGUUUAUCGGUAACCAGGAUACCUAUUCCACACAUCUGGACUUGUGUAAGUUUGAAGGGCUGAAGGAGUUCCUGCAGCAGACAGAUGACAGGUUCCAUGAGAUGCAGGUGACCCUGUCUCAGAAGGACCAGGACAUUGCCUUCCUGAGGUCCAUGCUGGGGAAACUGUCUGAGAAACUGGACCAGCUGGAGAAGAACCUGGAACUGAAGUUUGAUGUCCUGGAUGAGAACCAGAGUAAGCUGAGUGAAGACCUGAUGGAGUUUAGGAGAGAUGCCUCCAUGCUCAACGAUGAGUUGUCCCACAUCAACGCCAGACUCAACAUGGGCAUCCUGGGCUCCUACGACCCCCAGCAGAUCUUUAAAUGUAAAGGGACGUUCGUAGGUCACCAGGGGCCAGUCUGGUGUCUGUGUGUCUACUCUACAGGGGACCUGCUCUUCUCUGGGUCCUCGGACAAGACCAUCAAGGUGUGGGAUACCUGCACCACCUAUAAAUGUCAGAAGACUCUGGAGGGUCAUGAUGGAAUCGUGCUGGCACUGUGUAUACAGGGGAACAGACUGUAUAGUGGCUCAGCUGACUGCACCAUCAUAGCCAUCAAGGUGUGGGACAUAGUGGGGACAGAGUUGAAGCUGAAGAAGGAGUUAACGGGAUUGAACCACUGGGUUCGUGCUCUGGUGGCCUCUCAGAACCACCUCUACAGUGGAUCAUACCAGACCAUCAAGAUCUGGGACAUCCGUUCCCUGGACUGUGUUCAUGUCCUCCAGACCAGUGGGGGCAGUGUCUAUUCCAUCGCUGUCACCAACCAUCACAUCGUCUGUGGCACCUACGAGAACCUUAUACACGUCUGGGAUAUAGAGUCCAAGGAGCAGGUCCGGACCCUAACGGGUCAUGUGGGGACAGUGUACGCUCUAGCAGUCAUCUCUACACCAGACCAGACCAAGGUGUUCAGCGCCUCCUAUGACCGCUCACUCAGGGUGUGGAGCAUGGACAACAUGAUCUGUACUCAGACCCUCCUCAGACACCAGGGGAGUGUAACCGCCCUGGCCGUCAGCAGGGGGCGCCUGUUCUCUGGAGCUGUGGACAGCACCGUCAAGGUGUGGACAUGUUAGAGGACGCUGAUUGGUUUGAGAGGUUGCUGUCGAGGAGAGCAGCUGAUUGGUUCCAACCUCAAUGGACCACCCUGUGUCAAACGGACCAUAUGAACUCUGACACACACACACACACACACACACACACACACACACACACACACACACACACACACACACACACACACACACACACACACACACACACACACACACACACACACACACACACACACACACACACACACACUCUGAUUGGUUCAUCAUCCUUCAGGAUCAUGACUGUUUUAAAUAUCUCUACUAUAUGAACUUUAA